CCGCCGGGCGGCGUGGCGAGGGGCGUCGUUCUCUUCGUCGGCGACGGAAUGGGGAUGAGCACCCUCACGGCAGCGAGGAUCCUCUCGGGUCAACGUCAUGGAAACACGGGCGAGGAAGCGCAACUCGCGUGGGACAGCUUUCCAGCCGUGGCACUGGCAAGGACUUACAACAUGGAUGCCCAAGUCGGGGAGUCGUCAGCAUGCGCGACGGCAUUACUCUGCGGGGUUAAAGCCAAUUACGAGACUGUUGGCCUGGACUCCUCUGCACGCUUCGAGAACUGCUAUUCCAGUUUUGAUGCCCGUGUACCGUCCCUUAUCAAUUGGGCGCAGGAGCAGGGCAAAUCGACAGGGUUGGUUACGACGACGAGGGUGACGCACGCGACACCGGCGGCCCUUUACGCCCACGCAGCCAGCCGUUACUGGGAGGACGACGGCAAAGUGCCACCUGCUGCACGAACAUCGUGCAAGGACAUCGCGCGUCAGCUGCUCGAGGAUGAGCCAGGCCGUAACAUCAACGUGAUACUCGGCGGAGGUAGACGUCAUUUCGUGCCGAAAGUGAUCCAGGAUCCGGAAGAGCCGGAUAAGGAAGGAAGACGAUUGGACGGAAGGAAUCUGAUCGAAGAAUGGUCGAGGAACCAUCGAUUGCGGAACGUGGCCGCGAAAUACGUGGCUAACAAGGAGCAGUUCGAGAGCGUCGAUCCACGGAAAGUGAACCAUCUGUUGGGGUUGUUCUCCUAUUCCCAUAUGGACUUCGACGUUGAUCGAAACACGAACGGAAGCGGUGACCCGUCACUGGCCGAAAUGACGAUAAAGGCGCUUCGUAUACUGGCCAAAAAUCCCGAAGGAUAUUUCCUUUUCGUGGAAGGUGGCAGAAUCGAUCACGCGCAUCACUAUAACAAUGCUUAUCGAGCGUUGGACGAAACAUUGGCUCUGGAGGAAGCUGUGAGGGCCGUGAUGAAGGAAGUGGACUUGUCAGAGACGCUUCUCGUCGUAACGGCGGAUCACUCGCACGUACUCACGCUUGGUGGUUUAGCAACGCAUCGUGGGAAUCCUAUAUUUGGUUCUGACAGCAAGAUGUCCGAUGUUGAUGGACAACCGUAUACAACGUUAUUGUACAGCAACGGACCCGGAUACACGCAGCCAAGGAAUAUUUUACGAGAGGCUGGCAAGGAUUCAAUUCAGACUGCGGGAGUUCCCCGCGCGUGGGCGACGCACGGCGGCGAGGACGUGCCAGUGUUCGCGAUCGGCCCCCUGGCCAACGUCUUGUUCUCCGGUAGCAUCGACCAGAGCUACAUACCUCAUGCGAUCUCGUACGCCUCCUGCCUGGGCCACCACGCGAGCCGCUGCUCCCGAGACCCGACAUCGAGCAACGACACAAUCAGUGUCCCGAUAAGCUGUCCCUCGGCGGAGCCGAACAGCGCCGCGAUAUCCAGCGACGUGAUGAACGACCAGGCCAGAAAUCCACCCACCAAAUCCGCCGCGUCUCUCCUCACGCCGGCCACUGUUCUGCUACCCCUUGUCCUUGCCGUUCUACCCUCCCCCUCGCUCCAGGGGACGAGUUAAUGCCCGUCAGACCCUCUUCCGGUGAAUAGUUCCAUUCCUCCUCCUCUCUCUCUCUCUCUCUCCCUCUCUCUCUCCCCCUUUAAUCCGUUCGAGGACGAGACAACAGGUGAUCCAACGACUUCGUUAUUCGGGAUUAACAGGGCCGAGUAUCGACGAGGGCGAGCAGAGAGAUUCGAGGGAACGUGGCUCAGAGUCGAGUCGUC